AUGGCGCUGAGCGACGACGAGAGCGUCCUCUCGAGAAUCCGCCAGGUGUUCAAAGAAACCAAUCGACCACACGGCUUCCGAGAGACAGCUCAGCUCGAUCAAUUCGCCCAGCUUCAUGUCAUCAUCCUCAAGGCCAUUCCAGGCAACCGCGGCCAAGGCGACUUUUCGGGCCCGGUGAAUCUCUUGUGCAGGGUCACCAAAGCUUCUUCGGGACAAAGCUUGAGUGUUGGCGAUUUGGCCUUCAUCAAGGUCUUUGACCCUUUAUUGUGGUGGAAGGAUGUGAAGCUUCUGGACCGGUGUCUCAAGGUCACAACUCGGGCGGACAUGGCCUUCUGCGACGAAGUCGGCGCAUAUUCCUUCUUGCAACAAAAGGGUCUUGCCGGGUUUCCGCAUCUAGCUCCAGAGUUCUUCGGAAGCUGGACAGCAGCGGUGACGAGUAUCAAUCCCAAGUACGAAGGGCAAACUCGGCAUGUGGGAGUACUUACUUUGGAGUACAUUGAUGGCAUCCAACUAGACAAGCUUUUUACCCCCAUGGAGAGACCUCGCGCAUCUUCUGUCCAGCUUUACGAGGAUACCGAUACCCCUGCGUCCUUCAGGACCGAUGAGGCAACCCGAAUGGAUGUGAUGGCAAAGCUCCUUGGGGGAAACAUGCAACAAGAGUUCGCGGGCAUCACCCAUGGGGACAUUCACCCGAGGAGUGUCAUAGUCUCCAUGCGCAACGGCAACACCAUUCUCGACUCGCCGCGGGUUGCCCUUGUCGGAUGGCGGACAUCAGUCGUCGACUCUAUCGCCAGAGAACCGCAGGCAGCCUUUGCUUACUACUCCAAGCCGCCGCAUCCUUGGAGAAGAUACAAUAUCGUCAGACUUCGCCCCUUUCUUGGUUGGAUUUCUCGGGACUGGCAAGCUUCCGCGCAGUACCCACGCCACUCCCCAAAGCUGAACAGAUGGAUGUUCGAUGCCUUUGGCUCCUUGCACAACCCAGACAACCCGGACUUCCAGACUUGGGCAGAACAAUGCAUAUUGGACAAAGCUUUCGGGGGCCUGAUUGUCACCACCGACGCUGCCACUCCGUCGAUCUAG